AUGCACGCCUCGGCCGGCAGCGGCCGUGCACGCCUGAGGUGCCACAGCAGCAGCGGCGGCAGCGGCGGCGGCGCCAGCAGCGAAGGGCCUGUCGGGGUGGUGGUUGUGGAUCAUGGCUCGAAGAAAGCCGAGGCCAACGACGCGCUGCUCGAGUUUGCUGAGCUGUACAAGAAGGUGACGGGGCGGCAGGUGGUGGAGGUGGCGCACAUGGAGCUGGCAGAGCCGACGAUCGAGCAGGCGGUGGGGCGGUGCGCUGCCGCGGGGGCGCGCCGCGUCGUCGUCGCCCCCUACUUCCUUUCCCGCGGCCGGCAUGUGCAGCAAGACAUCCCCGCCCUGGCAGCAGCAGCAGCGGCCGCUCACCCAUCGGUGGAGUGUGUGGUGGCGGAGCCAAUCGGCAUCGACAGCCUGAUGGCUCAGCUGAUUGAGAGCCGCGUGCGGGCAGCCGAGGGGGGCGCAGCGCAUGAUCACAGCAGAUGA